AACGCGUUUUGUAUGGCUCCAUUCAUUUUCCAACUCUGUUUUACCCUCCUUUUGGUUUCUCCUUUUUCCCUGGCUCCAUCAUAAAUUUUGAAUUCUCAAUUGCAUUCUUCCAGUCAAGCCCAUCCAUUCUCCUCUUCCACUAUCACCAUUUCCCUCAGAUACCCAUUUUCCGAUUUUGCUUUAUUGUUUCUUAUUGCUGUAGAAAUGACAACGUCCGCAGUGAAAAACAACUUUUUGCCACCCGGAUUGGUGUCCAAUCUGCAACAAGUUCUCUUAAGCCGGAAUCCCACCGGUGGCGGCGGAGGCGGUGAUGACGACGAGUUAUCCAAGAUCAAUACCCGAGAGGAUGAUUCGGCCAAGCCCACUUCUUUUAGCGACGGUGGUGAUGCUUCUUCCGAGACUAAUAGUGAUGAUGGUUCCAAGCCUAUUGUUUUGCUCACAAAUAGUGAGGGUAUUGAGUCCCCGGGGCUUUCAUAUUUGGUCGAUGCUCUUGUUAAGCUAGGUCUCUACAAUGUCUACGUCUGCGCCCCUCGAUCGGAUAAAUCAACAUCGGGCCACUCGGUGACCCUCAAAGAGACGGUUGAGGUAGUUUCAGCUGAAAUUAACGGUGCCACGGCCUAUGAAGUUUCUGGAACUCCUGUGGAUUGUGUGUUAUUGGUUUUGUCGGGUGCACUGUUUUCAUGGUCAAAGCCUCUAUUGGUAAUAAGUGGUAUCAACAAAGGCUCAAGUUGUGGUCACAACAUGUUUCAUUCGGGCGUAGUGGCUGGAGCCAGGGAGGCGUUGAUUAAUGGCGUGCCAUCUAUAUCAAUAUCACUAAACUGGAAGAGUGACGGAAGUCAGGAAAGUGACUUCAAGGAUGCUGUCACUGUGUGCUUACCGCUAAUAAAUGCAGCCAUAAGGGACAUAGAGAAUGGGGUUUUCCCCAAAAAUUGCUCAUUGAAUGUAGAAGUUCCAACAUCCCCCUUGGCAAACAAGGGAUUCAAGGUUGCCAAGCCAAGUCUUUGGCGGUCUACUCUCAGCUGGCAAGCCGUUUCAGCCACCAGGAAUCAGGCUGCUUCAAGAUUUAUGGGUAAUCAGCAAAACCUUGGGUUGCAGUUUGCGCAGCUUAGUCGUGAUGCCUCUGCUGCUGGUGCUGCUCGUCGUUUGAUGACACAAAGGAAGAAUAUUGAGAUUGUUGAAUCAGUUGGUGUUGCUGGGAAAGUUGAUUCUAAACGGACGGUGAAGCAUUUCCGUUUAGAGAUGUUUAACAAGGAGCAAGAAGUAGAAGAUGAGGAUCUUGAUUUUCGAGUGCUCGAAAAUGGCUUUGUUGCAGUUACUCCACUCUCUCAUUCAACGCGUGUAGAGUCGGAAAUUAGUAUGGCUGUUUCAGACUGGAUUCCUUCUGCACUGCCAGUGGAGAAAUAACAACUUCCGGUUGACAAGAAUCAGUAAUUUUGAACACUUGAAGACAGUGUUUCAGCAUUUGUGCUACUUUCGUUUGGUUUAGAACUUGAAUACCUACCUUAUUUAUUUCUUACCUUCCUCGAGCUACAUAGUUUUUCGGUCUUAAAUGUAUUCUUGACCAAACGCUUCUUCCUUUUAAUUUAUAUGGUUGGCCUGUUGCAAUACCGAUCCUUUUCUAGUUACUUUACACUGACAGGAUUGUCGUAGGUCGGUUUUUACCAUUUUCCUCCAAUAUCGGGUGAUAUUGGUUUGUUUGUUGUAUUUGACAGUGUAAUGGGAUGUGGCCAAGUUCGACUGUAAAUUACUGCAUUUGCUUGUAGCUCUUGGUUUAGUCGGUCCUUUGAUCUGGACUAUGAUUAGUGGAAAGACCUUAAUUUGUUAAAACUUUUCAUUUGUUACUGUACUUGUACUAUGAGAUUUCACAAUAUGCUCCAAAAUGCCACUGCUCUUACUAACAGAA